AUGCAGCAGUUUGUGGGCGGGAGCAGCGUGGGGGGCACGGAGAAAGGGCUGGCCCCGUCCUUCCUGGGCGCCGAGGCCUCCCGGGGACAGGGCUCUGCCUCGCCCGCUGCCUGGGGGCUGUGGCCGGGGGCAUCCGGCAGGAGGCGGCGGCGGGCAGAGAGGAAGCCGAAGCCGGCGGCCCAGGACGACAUCCCGGUGCCCAAGUUCAAGCGGCACAAACAGGAGCCGGAGGCGGCGUUCGUGCGGCGCAUGGAGCAGGAGGCGCAGCACGUGCUGUUUCUCACCCAGAACCAGCUGCAGCGCGAGCCGGAGAAGCAGGAGCCGGCCCCGGAGAAGUCUGCCCGGAAGAAGGAGUUCUGGAACAAGAGGCUGGAUAAAGUUCGGAAGAAGAAAGCAGAGAAGAAAGCAGUGAUGCUGGAGCGGGCCCUGCUCCAAGACCCUGUGAAGUUUGGGGAGGUGGCUCUGCAGCCCCCGGUGCUCACAGCCAGGCCCCGGAAGAGCACGGACAAGGCCGGUCAAAAGCAGCUCCUGCUGACAUCUCUGCUGGGCCCUGGGCACGUGCCCCCUGCAUCCAAACCUGCCCCUAUGUCCCUGGCACGCCAGCGCAUCUUGGAGGAGGAGAGGGAGAGGGUCGUUUUGGCUUACCGGCACAUGAAGAAACUCAAGCAGCAGCAGCUGGAGCCAUCUCCCAGCCACCCUGGCAAGGGCACACGGAAGAGCCUGCUAUGAGCCCUGGGGCUCCACUGUCUCAGACAGAGCUGGGAGGGGACUAAAGGGGGCAAAACGGGGGGUCACUGUGGCCCUGAGUUUGCUUGUUCCUUGCAGCCUGGAGCUGGGUGGCAGCAGCAGCCGCUUGUUUGAGGGGAAGCUAAGGGACAUCUGGGCACAGAGCUGAGCUCAGCAAUGACUAGAGCCCCCCAUACCCGUGCCGAGCUGGCCAGUGGGACCCUCACUGCCUGUCUCCUGCUGGGAGCUGGUCCUGCCAGGGGUCUAUCACUACUGGGGCAUGGGAACCAGCUGGUGGAGAAGUGAUGCCCUGGGAGCUGGUCUCUUGGUGACAGCCUGGAGCUGAGGCUGGGAGCUCCAGGCCCCCUCAAGUUCCUGGUUGCGUCUGCUGGAUGGAAUAAAGGCAUCAACAGCAG